CCCAGACGAUUAAGUUAUUUCACAUCAACUGAGACAGGCAGGAUUUAUCAGAUUUAAAUUCGAGGUGCCACGUAUUUUAGAAACCGAUUUCAUCGGACAUGUGACUGCAUUACUGCUCACAUGGCCUGUGUGUUUCCAUGAUCCGCUUUAGUUUUUAAAGUCCGGUGGUCGGACUCGCUCGGCAACCACCAUCCGGAGUACAAGACCACUAAAACACGACAUAAACGGACAAACCAUGGCGAGCAGUGGACAGAAAGUAGUGCUGAUCACCGGUUGCUCCUCCGGAAUCGGGUUACGAAUCGCCGUCACGCUGGCCAAAGAUGAAAAGAAGCGUUACCAUGUCAUCGCCACCAUGCGGGACCUGAAGAAGAAGGACAAGCUGGUGGAGGCAGCGGGAGAGGCAUACGGGGAGACUCUCACGCUGCUGCCUCUGGACGUGUGUAGCGACGAGUCAGUCAAGCAGUGCCUCAACAGUGUGAAAGACCACCAUGUGGAUAUCCUUAUUAACAAUGCAGGAGUGGGCCUUCUGGGUCCUGUGGAGAGCAUCAGCAUUGAGGAGAUGAAGAGGGUGUUCGAGACCAACUUCUUUGGCGUGGUGCGCAUGAUCAAGGAGGUGAUGCCCGACAUGAAGAGCGACGUGUCCGGUCACAUCGUGGUCAUGAGCAGUGUCAUGGGGCUACAAGGAGUGGUGUUCAAUGAUAUCUACGCCUCCAAGUUUGCAAUGGAGGGCUUCUGUGAGAGUAUGGCUGUGCAGCUGAUGAAGUUCAACGACCUGUCCAUGAUUGAGCCGGGGCCGGUGCACACCGAGUUCGAGACCAAGAUGAUGGACGACGUCGCGAAGAUGGAGUACCCGGGCGCCGACGCCGACACGGUGCGCUACUUUAAAGACGUCUACCUGCCGUCCUCCAUGGACAUCUUCGAGGCGAUGGGCCAGACCCCAGAGGACAUUGCCAAGUGCACCAAGAAGGUGAUCGAGUCGAGCAGCCCCCGGUUCAGGAACCUGACCAACAGCAUGUACACCCCCAUCGUGGCCAUGAAGUACGCGGACGAGACGGGGGGGCUGUCGGUGAACACCUUCUACAACCUGCUGUUCAACUUCGGCCCCCUCAUGCACAUCACCAUGAGCAUCCUCAAGUGCCUGACCUGCAGCUGCCUGCGCAGGCGCACCAUCUCCCCCAACUGAAAGGGGGGCGCCAGCGAGACACCUGCGCUCGCUCGGCCGGUCUCCCGACAACCCAGACUCGACGCCGGGAGGGGGGGGGGGGGGGGGUUGACCAGGGGGAAACGGGCUAACCUGGUAGACUAGAGAGGACCACCCUGGAGCCAGGCUUCAUAGUUCAGCGAAAGUACCAUGAUAAGCUUAGCCCCAGCAACACGCACAAUUGCACAGGUCGGUUGCGGAGGUACACGGAAUGACCUCGCACACACACUAGACGUGAAUACAUACACCAACACAGCCAUCCAUGAAAUGCCCUCCUCUGCUCCUAUCAAGGUGGCUCUGUCCACGUAUGCUGCCUGCUGGUUGCCGAUUCAUUCGGCAUCGUUAGGGAGAACAGGUGGGUCUUACAGAGAGUAACAGAGAGUAACCUAGCGGUCACACAAUCCCAGGAAAUCAUGACAUGAGUAGCCAUUAAUCCAAUGACUCAGACCUUUCAGAACCUACAGAACAGUGCAGUGUUUCUCGAGUCAGCCCGAAUACGAAAACUGCCUUAACGAAUUCAUGAACGCAGUGUUGUUUUAUGUUCAUCUGCUGUUGAAUCAAAGUUAUUUUCAAGCUUCAUGUGUGGUUUUUAAAGGUUGUGAAUGGAUAGAUAUCUUAUUUUUUGAACGUAACAAAUUGAUGUAGAAAUAAACAUAUUGAUUUACCCUUUA